UUUUGUUGUCAUUUGUGGUCAUGAGGGGAUGAGGGGAAUUGUGAUUUCCUCUAUCGCCACCAGCCAAAGUUUAAAUUAUUUAAUUAUUUCCAGUGAAAUAUUCCAGAAAAAACUCUGGCAGCUAUUAAACUGCAGGAAAUUUACAGGUCGGAGUAAUGAAAAGUGUCAUUUCCUGUAGAGCCAUCAUGAGUUCACAUUUGUGGUGUACGUCCAUGUUUCCCUCAGGAUGAACCUUGUUGGCCUCCGUGAGUUUGCCUUUCAUUGUAAUCAGGCCCAUUCAUGUAACCUGCUAAAGGUCUAAUGCUUCAGUAGGAUGUCUCCACUCUGACCAACCUCCUAAUCAAAGUAACCAUCGUCGACCUGUUAGCCAUUAGCCUGUAGCUACUGGGCCUCAGAGCUGCUGCCAUGUUUGCAGGCCCUUUCUCUGCUUCUCCAGCCUUCAGCGUGUUCAGUUGGUGCCUGCAUAGAACUACACAUGUACAGUAGUAAUGUCUAUGAAAAGCCUCCAUGAGGAGGAGGCAGAUCCACUCACGGGGCCGCGACCGCUGCCUCGUGUCCUAUCGGGGAUGGAAAAGGAAUUAGCAAGAAUUAACAAGAAGCGCUCCUUUUCCAUUACCCAGGCAGACGACUGACUCCAAGAGGAAUUGUGGUUUGACUCGAUGGAGGGAGAGAGCGGGAGGAAAUGUCUUUAUUGGACGAGAGGACUGCUGACGAACUGACCACAGACUACAGAGCACUUGGCCCCGAGGCAAAGGACAGAAUGCUUCAUAUGUGAAGUAAAAUGUAUUGGCCUUAAAACAUCAGAUGAAAACGCAGUUAUUAAUGAUUAACUUCUACAAAUAGAUGUUUUGCGUCCACAAAUUGCACAAGGCUCAAGGCUCGCGUGCUGCAAAGUAUUAAUUUUACUCCUGUUGCACUCGAUGUUCUGGGGGAAGAUGGAAACCGUAAAAUCCUCUCAUACUCGCUUCUGAAUCUCAUCGUCAUCGUCGUAUUAUUAUAACAGAUGGAAGGAUCUGACCAGAGGAAUGUUCUCAUAUCCGAUCAACUGCGCAGCAAAGUCCAAAGCGUAGACGAUGCAUACUGUACAUCCGUGCAGACGUUUGAGACGUUCCCUGCCGGAGCUGAAAACCUCAGGUGGAUUAUGUUUUGCCCUGAAGGUGGACGAUGAGGGCUUUGAAGCGGCUGAAGGAGUGUAGAGCUGUUUGCAGAAGUCAGUUUUAGGUUUGCAUGGGCUCCAGCUGAAGUACAGAGUCUGGUGGGAAGGUUUGGCAGCGUGAAUGUUUCAACAAGAUUCAUCCCUAUCCAUUAAAUAUUCUGAAGCGUCAGCUCCUCAUAAACAGUAGCAGCUCUUAGCAUAGACCAGUGUGUGCAGUAGUAAAUGGAAGCUAAAGGUACAGUGGUAAAUGAUGUAAUUGUAAAUACAUGUGUAAAUACUAGGCCAACGUUCUGGUCUCUAACCUUUAUACUACAAUGGUCACUGGCUCAGUCCCCAUUAAUUAUUUAUCACAUACAGCCCCCACGGCCCCUCGACUAUACGUGCCUUGGCCUUUGAAGCUGCAUUGUACCUUCCAGAGAGCAGCUCUCCAGGAUGAAGUCAGGCUUAGGAGCCGUGUUUACUGUGUACACACGGGGCCUCAGGUAACGGUGUCCUCAUAUGAGCAGUUAACAUUUAACAGAGAAAAAGCACGGCUCAUCGCUCGCAGUAUAUGAGCAGGUGGGUAUAUUUAAAUGCAUGCCCCCUACUGACGCCUGCAGAAUGCAUAGGUGCAAAUGUGCAUCCAUCUCGCAUGAUGCUACAUAUGAAGCUAAGCAUCACACACACACAUGAACGCAUCACAUAACUCAGCUGCACAUUUUUUUCGAUAGGGCACGUUAGACUCAUCCGUAACAUUUAACCUAUUUAAAUAGGCAUCAGUAAAAGCACUGGAGUAUCUCCCUGAACAGGAGGAAACUACGUACAUCCUCCAUGUCAAUAUUGAUAAAAUGGAAUUAAUCAUUAACGGCGUUCAUAUAAAACCCGGGGUUCGUCCGCGGGCUCUUCAUCCAGUCACAGAGGAGGCAGGCGGCCGCCAGCUGUUCCCCUGUCACCGUCACCCGGCCUGGGACGCGGCUCUACAACAGCAUGAGAACACUUCUAUUCCCUGCAUUGCUCCUCCUGGCUGCUGCCGGGGUCCCCGCGCUCUGUGGAGAGGAGGCGCCGCCCGUCCUCCGGCUGGAGGCUCCAGCCGAAGUACGGUCCCGCUUCGCGGCCCUGGACGACGUGCACCUCCUGGCCAACGGCCUGCUCCAGCUGGGCCAGAGCCUGCGGGAGUUUGUGCAGAAGACCCGGGGCCAGAUCGACGACAUCUUCCACAAGCUCAACAUCUUCGACCGCACGUUCUACCGGCUGUCCGUGCUCACCAGCGAGAUCAAGGAGGAGGAGGAGGAGCUGAAGAAGACCGCCGUGAUACUGAAGGCCAGCAACGACGAGAUCAAGGACCUGUCGGUGGGGAUCGGCGCCAGGAUGAACGGCAUCCUGCGGGAGAAGAGUGAGCUGCGGAGCAAAGUGGAGAGUCUGGAGCAGAAGCUGAGCAGCCUGUCGCAGGGCGCGAUGACCAGCGAACAAGUGGCCCAGAUCAGCACUCUGAGGGAUGUAAUUCACAGUCAGGAGCAGAGCAUUAUUGAGCUGCUGAAGGCUGUGAGUGCACAAAGUGACCAGAUCGACAACCAGAGGACCAAAAUUAAGAAUCUGGAGGAAAAGCUUACAGCCAGCUCAGCCGCUCAGGAGACCAUCGAUAGGGCGCCUGAAGCCGUCAGCAGCGAAGCGCCGACGCUCGCCCCCUACGUGACCUCAGGGUCGACCAACACCACCGCAGCGGCCAGUCCGGCGUCAGACUGCAGCCAGCUGUUCAGCGCGGGGGAGCGGGUCAGCGGGGUGUACGCCAUCAGACCCAAUGGGUCCGAGCCGUUCAUGGCCUUCUGUGACAUGAGCAAAGACUAUGGAGCGACUGUUAUCCAGAGAAGGAGAGACGGUUCUGUGAAUUUUGAUCAAACUUGGGACAAAUAUGAGAACGGCUUUGGAGACCUUCAAGGAGACGUUUGGCUGGGGCUCAGGAAGCUCCACUCCCUCGCUGCUCAGGGAAACGCCGUCCUUCAAAUCCGUCUGGAAGACUGGAAACAAGCCGGCCGCUCCCUUCAAUAUGGAUUCCACCUCGAUGGCGCGGAGAGAAACUACACCAUCCACCUCACACAUCUGUCCGGAGACGUCCCUGACCCCUUGAUCAACCACACGGGGAUGAUGUUCUCCACCAAGGACAGGGACAACGACCGCCUCCAGAGCUCCAGCUGUGCCCACCUCCACGCAGGUGGUUGGUGGUUCAACGCCUGCGGAGACGCCAGCCUAAACGGGAGGUACGUGCACCUGCGGCCGAAGGGGCGCAGGAGAGGGAUCCAAUGGAAGCUGGGCAGGAAGUCUUCCAACCCCCUCAAGCUCACCCAGAUGUCCGUGCUCCAUCCCCGCCCCCCCUCCCCCACGCCGCCGUCCCCUCCAGCGGGCACCUUCCACUGAGCCAGCGCUCCUAGGAUGUUCUCCAGUGGGUGCUGCAAGGCAAGCGCCGCGUCGGUGACACCAUCAGGGCAACCGCGGCAGCGCGUGGGCGUGGCCUCCCAAAGGCACGGUGUUCAGUUAGUGUCUAAAAGAUCAGCAUCUGAAUGUAUUGUGAAAUUUCACCUAAUGGUAUAAAAUCUAUCUUCACUGACUGUGUCUCAACAUAUCAAAGGUUUUAGAGGAGAAAUUAACAGUCAUCUAUUUACAGUGGCUUCAGAAAUAAUUAAUUUAUUUACAACACCGUAAAGUGCUCAAUAGAGCCUGGGAAGUUUCUGAAGCCUCUGUAUGAUCAGUGUUUAUACUGGGUCACAUUGACUCUCCACACAGCAGUGAUUCUCAUUAUGAAAGCAGGCUCCAUCCUCUAUUUUUUUACACAUUUGCUAUAUUUUAUUUAAGUCUGAAUAAAGGUUUUAUGGUGACGUUGCUCUCGCUGUGGCCUUUCC